CUCGGAUGAUUUAUACAUAAGAAUGAGAAAAUUGAGAGGACUACUUGAGACUGAUCCGAGGCAUGCAGCUCAACUUCAAGAGCCAAACGAGUUUGAUCAAGUGAGGAUCAAGAUUCUUCUCCCUCCUCAAGAGGCUUGAAGAAUUCUUACAACCUAGGGUAAAAAUUUAAGAGAAAAUAACAAAGUUGCACUAGACCUUGCACUUAAUGAUCAAGCAUCUUAAAUAAUCUAAUUAUAGCUGAAAAACCUCAAACAGAAGCUCUCGGAUCUGUCCAGAGCUGGAAGUGGACGCACAAGAAAUAGAAACGAGCGAGGCUCAGACUUUCCCAGAGAAGAGCCAGAAGCCAGUCGAAGAACAUAAGGAAGCUCUUGAGAAAGACAGAGUGGUUAUACAGCGAAGGAAUAGAACAUGGAGGCUUGAUAUCACAGAUAGACUACCUAUUAUUAGAAGAAUCAUUAUUAAGAACAAUAUUGGACCCUUCAAAAGUUCGACAAAAAAGACGAGGUAUACUAAAAAUAAGUACCUUGGGAGGAGGUCUAAAUAUAUCGGAGUGACUAAAUAAUAACGUUAACUGGCAAGCCUUAAUAAACGUAGACCAUGAGAAGAAGUACAUUGGCACUUUUGUGAAUGAACUCGAAGCAGCAAAGACCUACGACUUGUACGCAAUAGCUAUGCAAGGAAAGAGAGCUCAUUUGAAUUUCAGCUACACCUCUGAAGAAAUGGUGACCAUGAUUGAUCACUAUCUUGCCCACAGACGCAUAAAUAU